UGCAAGCCAACAAUCGCCGGUGCGCUGUGUCCCUCCCUGUCAACCAAAAGAGCCGAAGAUGUCAGCUCGGUCAUAUCAUCAGAGCACUGAUGAUCAGUGUGCCCUGAUGAUUGUGUAGCCCCAGCAGUGUCACCUGUCAGUGUCCAUCAGUGCCAGCUGUCAGUGCUCAUCCAUGCCACCUGCCAGUGCCCAUCAGUGCCCACAUUUCAGUGCCUACCAGUGCACAUCAAUGCCACAUAUCAGUGCCCAUCUGAGCUUCCUUUCAGUGCCACCUAUCAAUGUCAGUCAGUGCCACCUAUCGGUGCUGCCAAAUCAGUGCCACCUAUCA